CCCAAACGGAAACCCUGGUCUAAAAUCUUACACAAGCAGCCGGAGAGAUAUUUUUUUCUAGUCUGCGGAGGAGGGCAGAGGAGAAACGGUGCAGGGGGGAAGGGUUUGUGGAGUUGGUUUCCUUUUUUUUCUUUUUGCAACACUAGUUAUUCAGGGGAGUGUCUUGCAUUAUUAAUGCUGAGUGGCUCCGGCAACUACUGCGGUUCAAGGUCGUUACUCAUCCGCUGCUACUGCAGGAGACACAGGAGCGCUGAGCCAGAGCUGUUCAUCCAACUCUCUUGGUCCUCCCAGGCCAGCAGGAUGAAGGGCCCUAGGCAAACAUUCCUUAAUUUAUUCUGCAUCCUCUGGCUCUUGCUUCUGCUGAAGGCUGCCUCUUCCUCCCCUCUACACCACGAAAAUGAACCACCACCCCCUUCACUCCCCAUUGGGCUGUACAAAGGACAGACCUGCGUUGGAUGCGUACUUGUGGUGUCUGUAAUUGAACAACUUGCACAAUGGCACAACAGUACAGUAAAGGCAGCCGUGGAGAGACUGUGCAACUACAUACCUGAAAAACUGCAAGGUUUCUGUUACUUACUCGCUGAACUUUAUGGAUCACACAUAGCUGAACUCAUAGCCAGGGAAAUGAAUGCUGAUGUGGUUUGCCAUUCCUUGAAGCUGUGUAAACAGGAUCCAGGACAACCGCUUUGUCAUCUCUAUCCUCCUCCAAAGGUAGGACUGAGAACCGCAAUAAAAAAGGCAAGAAGAAUUAUGAAGACUUCCAAGGACCUGAAAAGCUUCAUGGGGUUCUCAAGUAUUUGUACAUUUCCUCUUCUGGCUAACCUGUGUGAGAAGAUGAAAUAUGUUAUAAGAAAUAAACUGCCUUUUGAAGAUUUUGAUGGAGAUAAAUUUAGUACUUUCCCAACUUUGAGGGGCUAUCACUGGCGUGGCAGAGACUGCAAUGACAAAAACACCAGUGUGUAUCCUGGCAGACGUCCUGAUAACUGGGAUGUGAAAAGUGACUCUAACUGCAAUGGCAUAUGGGGUGUGGAUCCGAAAGAUGGAAUUCCCUAUGAGGAGAAAUUCUGCAAAGGUGCAGACUCACAAGGGGUCGUGCUGUUGGGAGACUCGGCCGGCGCUCACUUCCAUAUCCCUCCCGAGUGGAUGACUGUCACGCAGAUGUCAGCGAAAUCAUUUGCUAAUCUUCCAAUGGCUUUCAGUGACGAGCUUGACUGGCCCCAGUUCUCAGAGAUCACUGGAUUUCUGAAUUCCACUAUCGGAGGCUGGACAGACUCUCUGUAUCUGCGUUUACGCAAGAGAAAUCGCUGUAAUCACAGAGACUUACAAAACAUUUCCCAAAAUGGUGGUUCUUCUGGAAACCUCCUCUAUUUAAUAAAAAGCUUGGCCAGAAACCAGCUGUUGGACAAUCCAGCCAUAGUUAUCUAUGCUACAAUUGGGAAUGAUGUCUGCAACGGGAACCGUGACACACUGGCCCACAUGACUACACCCAAAGAAAUGCUCUCCAACGUGAUGCAAGCUCUGCGAUACCUGGACUCCCGUCUUCCAAACGGCAGCCAUGUGAUUUUAACAGGCUUGGUAGAUGGUCGCUUCCUCUGGGAUAACCUGCAUGACAGAUACCAUCCCCUAGGGCAGCUGAACAAGGAUGUCACAUACAGUCAAAUUUAUUCUUUCCUUGACUGCCUCCAGGUGAGCCCCUGCAGCGGCUGGCUGACCCCCAAUGAGACCCUCAGGAAUUUGACCUCAGAGAGAGCGUUACAACUUUCCAACGUCCUGAAAGAAAUAGCGAGAUCUGAGAAAUUUGCCAGCUUUGAUAUUUUCUACAUGGAUUUCCCACUGAGACAAACGGUUGAGGAGUGGCGCAAGAUGGGAGGUGAGCCCUGGCAGCUGAUUGAACCAGUCGAUGGCUUCCACCCCAGCCAGAUUGCUGCAGCCCUUGGAACAAGCAUUACCUGGCAGAAGGCACUACAGGAAUGGCCUCAAGUGCUUGGAAAGGAGAAUCCAUUCAAUGACCAGAUUGAAGCUAUAUUCAAAGAUCAAGGUGGACACUGACUUCCAAACUGCCAGAGCCAUAAUGUGAUCUAUGGUGAUGCUUCCCAGUGCAUUCCACGAAUCAAGAUGAUUAAAGACACACACAAAAAAGGGGGGAAGGGAAGUUAUCAGAGCCAGUAGCAGUGGACAUAGCACAACAGCAUUCUUUUCAGCUUGUAUCUCACCUGCACAAGUAGGCUAUGCUUUUUCUGUGGAGCUACAAAAAUAAAAAUCAAAGGAUACCUGCCAGCUAGACCAUUUAUUGUACCGAUUUGCAAAUCCAUAAAUUUUUUUUAUACAGAUAGCGAACUUCUACCCCACCUCAUUUUUUCCCCCCUGCAGAACAUUAUUACUUGGCUUUCCAUUUGUACCGUUUCAAUGGUUAAUCUGAUCCAAAAGGAGUGGGGGAAACCUCAAACUCAUUAUGUUGCUAUAAAUUGCAUGUAUGUAAUUGCUCUGACUGUCAAUACAUUAUUUAGCUGCUAUUUGCUUAUUAAAGCGUGCCAGGAAUAACAAGGCACUACAAUUUUGACUUGCCUGGUAGCAUUAGCACAGGCUGACUGAGCACAGGUUCUCUUCCCCCCCAUUAAUAAGAUGCUAACUUGACAACCCUUUAUGUAUUGAAAACAGGUUUCUUUUUCAACCUAUAAUACAUCUUUGCUCUUUAUCUUCCUAACAAAUAAUAUGCCCAGUCCUACGUCUUUUACAGUCAUGACCCAGGAACCACUGAAAAUACUGGACAGCCCUUAGCUGCUGUACUUCAUAGAUAGACUUGAACAUUGAGAAUUACUGCAUUUUUUCACCAGCUUAUCCAUGCUCUUAACAAAAUAAAUAAAUAAAUAUUUAAAAAUUAGAGACAGCUCUACCCUUUUCACAACCUUACUGAUGAUGGAGGGAUCAGACAGCAUAAAAUGGGAUGAAUUACACACAGAAAAAAAUCUGGUAAACAGAAAACUUUAACAUGACAUGACUAAAACCCACCCUAUUUGGCCAAAGCUCAGGUAGUCCCGCUCUGCUCUUUGUUCUGAGUAUAUCCCUUGUACAAGGCUGUGUCACCCAUGAGGCAGCUCUUAGGUUGUGGUCCAAAUCAACAGAGAUGCCUGGCUGUAGGAGAAGCACCCGCUCAGCAUUUUGAAUAGGCAGGGGAUGACUGGCUUAUAUUAUUUUGAUUGAAGUAUGUAUUAUUGCUUUGCUAGGUCCUAUUCCUUUUUUUUUUUAGAGCACAGUCAAUGCCACGUCCUUCAUUAAGAUAGCAGUAAUCCCAAAGGAAUUUCUAACACUUAAGUAAAUAUUCACGUCAUCUAUUUUAGGAAACCAAAAGGGAAUACGUUCCCUAAUUGAAUGAUACUUGUUAAUAAGGCCCCAAUUCAUUCAAGGCAUUUAGAUGCUACCAAAAUAUCCAGUCUCCCAAGAAAUAGUUUCAACUCCAGAGAGUCAUGCCUGGGGAAAUUAUUUGACGUUAGAAGGAAAAGGAAACCUCCUGCUUUCUGUGCCAAUUCUUUCCAAACAACGUAACACUCCACGCACCCUGGCCAGGUAGAACGCCUUCUAUUUUUUAUUAUCUAUUCAGGCCUCUUAUGUUUCACUAAAUAUAACACAAGGACAGAAACAAAUGCAUUCACAUGGUUUUACUAUAGACCAAGUACAGCACUGGCAGUAAUUACAGAAUAUUAGAUGAUUUCCUCUACACUAACAUACAGAAGUGUAGCAAUUAAAAGGGGGAAGAGAAUCGUGUUUAGAAGCCUAAUUUUCAAGGCAAUUUCAUUGCAAAUUAUUGUAUUUCAUUUGAGGCUUAAUAACACCAAUUAAGAAUUUUACAAACUAGUAAAACUGAAAUUUCCUCAGCUAAAGUAAGCUUCAUUGCCCAGAGCAAAGCGUUUUUCACUUAGAGACUUUCAUAUUAGUGAACUUCUUGAAUUUUCAAACAAUGGAAAAACCCAUUUCUUAUACAAUUAUAACAUCUCAGAGACAACCUGAAACCAUAGCUGAAACACAAAGCAAAGCUCUCAGGUUUGCGCAGUGCCAUUGCUCCAUGCUGGACAUGGGGUCUCUGAGGGACACCAAGGAAUGGGCUUGCCCCUGGCUGGAGUUGCACUGACCAAAGCACAUGCCCUCAUGCCUUAGAGUUGA